CUGCAAGAGCGUAUUGUAGGUGUCAUCCUCAGACUCAGACUGCUACAUAGCACUCAGUCAGGACACACAGGCUGGCGGCAUUUUGGAAAUAUCCCCUCCUUGACCAGCGAAUUCAUCUCAAUUUACCUUGUCCCAGCAUGUCCGACGCUAGGUUACGGCGAGUUCAAAAGGAGAUUCGCGAUUGCGCGAAGGACAAGACGUCCAACAUAUCCAUUGACAUGAUUGACGAGAAUCCAUUUCAUCUUAUCGGUGCUUUCCCAGGACCGCCGGAUACGCCGUACGAAGGAGGCUAUUAUGAAGUGGACAUUGUCAUACCCGAUGCGUACCCUUUUCAGCCAGUCAAGAUGAAGUUUAUAACGAAAGUCUACCAUCCAAAUGUAUCAUCCGCUAGUGGAGCUAUAUGUCUGGACAUUCUGAAAGACGCCUGGUCACCAGUGCUCACGCUGAAGAGCACACUGAUAUCCCUCCAGUCCCUCCUUUGCGAACCGGUUCCGAAUGAUCCUCAGGACGCCGAAGUUGCGAAGCACUAUCUGGCAGACCGUGCAGGGUUCAACGCCACUGCGAAACAUUGGGCACAAGCUUACGCUCAAGCACCGGCGUCAAAAGUCAAAGCAACUCACGGAAAACCGGCGACGGAUGCAGAUAUGGCAGGUUUAGCGGAGGAGAAUGUAGUGUCGUUCACCGAUAUGGGUUUCCCAAGGGAAAAAGUGAUAUCCGUGUUGAAAAAGCUGAAUUAUCGUGGGAAUAAUGUGUCCAAUAUUCACGAGAGCACGGUGUUGGAGGAACUGUUCAAGUGAUCUAUACAGAGCGCCACUUCUUGACGACCUUGUCAUACCGCGUUCACUCCAUCAUCGCGAUAGUCCUUACACGGACUUAUCGAUAUAUGCACCACAUUAGGCGCUGGU